UGCCUUGAUCCGACGCUGGUAGCACUAUACAAAGACGAGGCAGAUGCGAACAAUAUGAGUAUUCCUGAGUACUUAAGCCGCCUCGAAUUCAUUCAGACGGAUGAUGUCCAAAUAGCAUACCAGUACAAGUACGGGCAAUCUCUGGUCAGAGCUGAGGAGUUGCCUAAUCUAUCGACACAACUGCGAAGACUGCAUAAUUGGUACUUGGAUGCAUGUAAGGACGGUCAGAACUGGAUCAUGGUGGCAAUCAAAGAUGAGCACUACGGGCGAACUGACGUGAUGAACAUCGAAUUUUGUGAAUUAUUUCAGUUAUUCAAUCAAGACGCCCUCGACAAAUCUCUGCUCAGUGCCUACUGUCUAAUGAAGAUCCGUGAAUGCCGCAAGGGGCAAAUCUAUGAUCUUGGGUUCAUUGACCCAUAUACCGUGAAUGGGUAUACUGUCGACAACUCUCCCAAGGACACGGAGAAUAACUUGGUAUAUGCCUUAAGGAAAAACUCAUACAAAAGGGCAAUACUAUUUCCUUACAACUUCGCGUUUCACUAUAUCCUGCUAGUCAUUGAACCCGACACCGGAGUAGUAGAAGUCAUGGACUCGAAGAGUAAACCCCUUGAGGCGUGGGGGGACAUGGCUGAUAUCCUCCAGAAGGCUUGGACACGGUUCGCGAACAAGUCUCCGGGUUUACGGAAUAAAGAGCUUCGAAUAAAACCUGUACGGUGCUUGAGGCAAGAGGACGGGAAUAAUUUAUGCGGGUUCUACGUUUGCGAGUUCAUUCGCCAGAAUACCCACCAUAUGACCAAAAUUUUGGAACAACUUGAUAUCCAACGGUUGCGGGAUGGUCUUCUAGCAACCGAGCGUGUACGGGCAAUUCAAGAAGAACUGGCGGGAUUCUUACUUGAGCAAGUUAUAGCUCCAGACGGAGAACACUAUGUGCCCGACAUCCAACAUUGAAUAGAAAUUAUUUUGAAAGUUGAUGUAGACAU